CCAAGCUACAGGAUACAUUAACCAUUAUAGUAUCAAGGUGGUUUGUUGAUUUUUCAUCACACUUCCUCCCUCAUCAACAACACAACUUGCCUCGAUAUUUCGGUACUUCAGUACAUCAAAGGCAUUUUCAUUUAUUGUAAGUUUAUCUAUCAACAAUCUCUCAUGUUGGGGACACUUAAGGCAGAGGCAUAGAGCUCAAAACCUUACAGGUGCAUGGCGUGGGAGGGGAACCUUGCAGAACAUUUACUGAUAUUUACAUUGGAAUAGGCCACGAGUCAACAACAUAACACAUAAUUUGGAGGAAUCAAUACAGCGAAGAUGACACUCUAUUACAGUCUUGUAUGUUUACACAUUUCCGCAAUCUGGCUUUAAAACUUCACCACGCCCUCAUGUCAAUCCGAGGCUCCCGCGAUGUUUAACAAACAACAUGCUAAUGAUCAUUUUAACAGGUCUUCGUGCUCCUCGUAGCAGAGAUGGCACUCUUCAUGCUUCUCAUCGUUCCUCUUCCUUUCACAAUCCGCCGAAAGAUGUUUACUUUCAUGUUCGUGGUUCCCCAUUAUUUUUCUUCUUCAUGCAGCUACUGAUACCCCACUAGAAGCGAAAGUCGACUGGUAGCAAAAUUACAGUACGGGAUGAAGAUUACAUUUAUCUUCAUCCUGAUCCUGUUUAUCGAUAGUGUAAACAGAGUAUAUAGGGUUCAGGUCGAAUUGGCAGAAGCCAAUAAGAGCCAAGCUGGGUAUGUUUUCGUCCCCACAUUAUUUUAGACCAAAUCUAACAAGUAGCAGUAACCCGGUUCUCGGUCACGAACGCAUGGAAGUACAAGCCCGCAAGUUCUACUCUCAACGCAACAUGUAUCUCUGCGGUUUCACACUUUUCCUCUCCCUAAUCCUCAACCGAACCUACACCAUGAUCCUCGAAGUUCUCCGCUUGGAAGAAAAGGUUAACCGCUACGAGGGUAUUGGCAAGACCAACGGAAAGGACUCUGAAAAAUUGGACCGUGCCGGAAGUGCUGGGGAGAUUGGCAGACUUAAGAACUUGUUGGCUCAAAAGGAAAAAGAUAUUGAGACCCUCAAGGAACAAUCGGCCAGAAACAAGCAAUUUUCUGAUGACAUUCUUGAUAAAGCUCAAGCUGGUGAACCUUCUGCUGGUUCCAGAAAGGAGAAAUAAUAUGCUCUCUAAGCUAAAUGGUUUUGAACGCUUUGGUGGACUAUACGAAUGAAUUAGUAUUGGGAGAGGAUGAGCUUGGUGGGGAUGAAUAUGGUGGUGCUGUGAGUGAAUGAUUUUGGGAUGGGUAGGGAGUGAAGAUGGAGCGUGACUUUUGCGAAGGUUUAUUGUGGGAAAAGCCUGCUUCAUGAGUUUUAGUGGCGUAUUCAUGAGAUAGGAAAAUGCAUAUAUGAUAUGAAUUGACUGACUGCG